AUGAUCCAGUGUGCCUUGCUCGCCCUAGGGGCGGCUAUGCUCCAUAUCAACAACCCAGUGUGGUCAGAUCUUGGCAGCAAGCUCGGUCUUUCUAACACCCUUGCUGCAACGGUUCACUGGUUUCUCAAAUGGACGCUCUCCGUGUGGGCUCUUCUCGAAGCGAACUGGACAUUAAACCGCUGGGCCUACAGGCGAUGGCGUUUUUCCACCGACAAAAGCGUCUGGAACUGGAAGCGCGAGGUAGCUGUUGUGACUGGAGGCUCAGCAGGCAUUGGCGCCUGUGUUGUAAAGAAGCUCGCUUCCCAUGGUAUUAGGGUCGCAGUUCUUGACGUUAGCCCCCUGUCAGAUGUCUUUACUAGAGAUGAGCUCGCUCUUAUUCGGUUUUACAGCUGUGACAUCACUUCGCAAGACAACGUCCGCCAGGCUGCGGAGGCUCUACGUUCCGACCUUGGUCAUCCGUCCAUUCUGGUCAACAAUGCUGGCAUCGGGAACGCGUGGACCAUUCUCGACAUCCCCUACGCUCGUCUCCAGAGCAUGUUCAACAUCAACUUAAUGAGUCAUUGGAUCACUGUGCAAGAAUUUCUGCCCGACAUGCUUAAGAAGAAAAAAGGUCAUGUAAUGACCGUCGCAAGUCUCGCUUCCUUUGUCACCGUAGCCGGUGCCGUCGAUUACAGCUGUACCAAAGCCGCCAUCCUAGCAUUCCACGAGGGACUUACGCUAGAGUUGAAGCAUCGGUACAACUGCCCUGAAAUCCUGACUUCCGUUAUCCACCCCAAUUGGACAAAGUCAGCCAUAACAGCGCACUCAGCCAUUGCACGCGGGCUGGAGAAACAGGGUGGUCAGUUAUUGGAAGCAGAUGAUGUCGCCGACACCAUGGUCAAGCAGAUCAUCGCCGCGAAGAGCGGGCAGAUAUGUCUUGGUCCGCGAUUCGUGUCUGGAUUUCGCGCUCUACCCACUUGGCUACAAGAGGUCAUCCGUGAUAGCCAGGCCUAUAUUGUUACUGGCAGUGGCUCAACAGGGAAAGGUUAG